ACCCUCCCCUCGACGGGGACAGCAGAGCCUGUAGAGAACAGCUCUUCAAUGGAGGAAAGAACGUCAUCUGCUUCUAGCAUUUAAUUCAACUUAGUUGGUUGACGUCUGUUUAUUUUUGUUUGGUUUCGUGCUCCCGCGUCUUUUACUUAUGAAUUAAUUAGACUGCAGUGACUGACCGAUCGAGCGUUUCAAAAUGUUUAAAACUCCACACAACCAGAGCAGAGAACCGUUGAAAAAGGAAUUACUCGUGUGAAAUUGAAUCUUGAUUGCAUUAGGAAAAAAAAAAACAACAACAGCAAGAAAAGCCCAUACGUAAAAUUACAUUAAAACUAAGCGGCAGCCUGGAGUUUGUUUUUGGAAGUGUAUCUACUCUGUUCCCGAGAACGUGGCGCACUGAGCAAUGGGUGCAUUUCUGGACAAACCGAAGACGGAGAAACACAACGCUCAUGGUGCAGGCAACGGUCUGCGCUAUGGGCUGAGCAGCAUGCAGGGCUGGCGCGUGGAGAUGGAGGACGCCCACACAGCGGUGGUGGGAAUCCCACAUGGCCUGGAGGACUGGUCCUUCUUCGCCGUGUACGACGGGCACGCUGGCUCCCGAGUAGCCAACUACUGCUCCAAACACCUCCUAGAGCACAUCACGGGCAACGAGAACUUCCGCGGCACAGAGAAGCCCGGCUCGUCCCCGGAUCUCACCGUCGAGAGCGUGAAGAGCGGGAUCCGGGCCGGAUUCUUGAAGAUCGACGAGUACAUGCGCAACUUCUCCGACCUGCGCAACGGCAUGGACCGCAGCGGCUCCACGGCGGUGGCCGUGCUCGCGUCCCCGGAGCACCUCUACUUCAUCAACUGCGGCGACUCGCGGGCGGUGCUGUACCGCAGCUCCCAGGUCUGCUUCUCCACGCAGGACCACAAGCCCUGCAACCCGCGGGAAAAGGAGCGCAUCCAGAACGCCGGCGGCAGCGUGAUGAUCCAGAGGGUGAACGGCUCGCUGGCCGUCUCCCGCGCCCUCGGGGACUACGACUACAAGUGCGUGGACGGCAAGGGCCCCACGGAGCAGCUGGUGUCGCCCGAGCCGGAGGUGUACGAGAUCCCGCGGGCCGAGGAGGAUGAGUUUGUGGUGCUAGCCUGCGAUGGGAUCUGGGACGUCAUGAGCAACGAGGAGCUCUGCGAGUUUGUCAAGUCCCGGCUGGAGGUCACAGACGACCUGGAGAAGGUGUGCAACUCUGUGGUGGACACCUGUCUACACAAGGGGAGUCGUGAUAACAUGAGUGUUGUGCUAGUAUGUUUCAUGAAUGCUCCCAAGGUGUCGGAAGAGGCAGUGAAGCAAGAUGCUGAGCUGGACAAGUACUUGGAGUCACGAGUGGAAGAGAUCAUGGAGACGUCUGGUGAGGAAGGUGCUCCUGAUUUGGUCCAUGUGAUGCGCAACUUGUCGACUGAAAACAUCCCCAACCUGCCCCCUGGAGGAGGCCUGGCCAGCAAGCGCAGUGUGAUUGAAGCAGUGUACAACAGGCUGAAUCCCCAUCGGGAGGAGGACGGGAGUGGUGGAGACCUGGAGGAUCCCUGGUAGCCGAAGGAGAACAAAGUCACAUCCUCAGUAAAGAAUGUCCUGAAUUAACGCAGAAGAAACCUUUAUUCACACUUUUUUUUCUUCGAUACCAAGACAAAAAUUUAAAAAAAAAGAAAAAAUACAAAUCCCAAAGGAUGGUAAACAUUUUGGAAGGUGGUCAGAAGAGGAACUUACAUUAGAAAAUAUAUAUAAAAAGGGUUUUUACACCAUUUUUGUUGUUUCGUUUCCUGAUUCAAGAUGACACAAACUCCUUAUGAGGACUUGGCGAAUCUUAACAUUUGCCUGUAACAUACAGAGCACAGUGUUUUGUUGGCCGUCUUGGACUCUUCGAUGCUGAAGGUUCAGGUGUCAGAUUCACACCAUUCAGGACAGAUUGAAAUCUAUGGCACAAUGCAGUGCAAAGUAAGCCAGAGUGCAUUGAAGGUGAUUUCUACCCAGAAGAGAUCGCAUUCUUUUACCUGCAGAAUAGCUCAAUGGACAAGCGCAUGUACAAUGUUAGAAGUGGCUUCAUAAGGCAUUACGUGUUUUUAAGGUUUCAAGGUUGAGAGCUUUUUGCACCUUUUUUCUGACUCGGAGGGAACUUGCAUUGACACUGAUCCUCCUUGUGUAUCUUUCUGUCUCACUCUCUUCUUCUGUUGGUCACACGCUUUUAAUCCUGCUGUUAAAAAGACAAGAAAAGUAUAUAUUUUAAAGUUCCUUUUUUGUUUUUUUUUCUACUGUCAGAUGUUGCCUACUGUGCUUGUUUUAAAAAACAAAAAAUGCAUCUGACAAAAAUUCUAAUUGUACACCACAUGUAAAGGUAUACAUUUUCUGUAGGAUUUUUCCAAGCAUGUGCACAGAACAGUAGGUAUUGAAGCUCUUGGUAAACUGAGCUUUUUCCGCAAACUAAAUGGAUUUGUUUUCAUCAGAACCUCAAUACUUAUUCUUUUCUUUCUUCUCACCCAUUCUCGUGCAGAAUACAAUUCUCGCAUCCAUCUUUGCCUUUCUCUUAUGAUAUUGUAAAAUUGUGGUUUUGUUCGAUGUGGAUUUUUCUAUAUAACAGCUUCAUUUUUUUAUUUUUUUUGCUUUCAGAUACAGAGUAUUGUGUAAUAUGGGUAUUGUUUGCAUUUACUACAAACAAAAGUUAUCAGAGUACUCUAAAAUAAAAAUACAGAAAACUCAAAAAGUUCUUUCUCUAAUUCUUUAUAUGACAUAAAAAGCGAAAGAUGGGCUGCCUGUGGCUCAGUGAUCUUUGGUUUUACUCUGCUAACUACAUGGUACAAGAAUGGCUGUCAAAUGAUUAUUAGGUACUUGAAUAUUCUGUGUGAUUCUAUUUUUGCAAUAACCUUGAUUUUUAUUAAAUGAUUUUGAGCUGUGCAUGUACUGAGUUGAGGUAAUGAUGUUCAAGGGAAAGGGAAAUAUUUAUCAAACAGAAGCUGGGGUUAGGGAGAUCAAUGAAUGUAAUUCAUCUAUACACAACUAUAUACAUGCUGUGGAUGCCUUGUAUUUUUUUCGUGUUCAUCCUGUUAUUUGAUGUGAGUUCCCCUCUUGUGUAGAAUGAGUAUCUUUAAUUGGAUCUAAAAGGAAUUCAUUUUUUUUCCAGUUCCUCUCCAUCCAACAUGCAUUAACUGUAGGCGUGUGCUAGAACGCUGCCUAAAUUAAAAAUAAAAAAACUGAAAAAAAUGUGCGCUCUGGUGUCCACGGUCACCUAUCCUGAGAUUUUUUUGUGUGUAUCUACAAUUAUUGGUAUAUAGAAUAAUUAUUGCCACAAUAUAUUUUAUUUAUUCAUAGAUUUUAGCCUUGUAAAUGAGAAAUGUUGUAAAGAGAAUGGGAUGAAAUAAUGUUAAAAAGUGUGUUCUAUCUCCCUGUGCUGGGUGUGUUCAAAGCUGGAGGAUGGAGGAAGGUGAGGUCACUGAAUGUCCACUCUUAUCCUUCCUUGUACUGAUAGUUCCCAGUAUGAUGAUAUUGUGAUGUUUCAUACAAUACAGUGAACAUAACCACCUUGUUAUCUUCAAUAAAGGAUUGCUAAAGAUGGUGGGCAUUA